AUGAAUUAUAACAACCUGUGGGGACUAACGCUGGCUGAGCUGGGCUCCUCCAGACCCUGCGAUGAAUUUGGGAACCCGUCUGAGGUGAACAGCUGCUCCAUCUGUCAUCACGGGUGACCGCCGAGCCCCAGGGGCCCGUCUUUUUCUGCCAAUUACAAAGACUGCCAUGUGCUGGAGAAGGCUGGGCGCUCCCACCUGAGGGUGUUCGUGGAAGCUGUGGUCACUCUGAUCAUCUGUCCCAAACCUGAUCACACCUGGACUCUAGACUCCCACCUGGCACCACCCACCACAUUCUCACUUCCUGCCCCUCAUCCGCAUCCCCUCCGCCCUACCCCAGAGGACAGCUUAGCCCAUUUAACCCCUGCCACCCUAGCUCGACCCCAGCGGGGCACCUUGGAACACGGUGGGGAGCCGCUGACAAGCCAGCUUACGGAGGAACAGUGCCAGGUGGCCUCCAGGCACAUCCCCCGCAGAGUGAGAAGAAGUUCAAAGGAAGCCCAUCAGCUGGCUGCUGUCAUGACAACACCAGAGGGUCCCUGUUACUAUGGCAACACAGUGACGGUCCAGUGCUUCAGAAACAGUCACUUCGUCCUGGUGGUGUCCCAAGAAACAGCCUUGGUGUGCAGGACACUAAUCGAUGUCCAACUGGUCUGCACCGCCCCCCAGCUGCUCCCCAACCAGGAGGCGGGAUCCUCCGUGGUCUCCACGGCUGGCCCUCUCACCUGCUGUGACACCACAGUCCAGGUGGACAGCAUCCAGCAGAACCAGUCGGUGUCCAACAUCGGCAUCUGGAUGGGGCCACACGGUUCCAUCGUGUGGGACGGCGCCUUCAGGCUUCACAUCCACUGUGUCUUCAAUGCCAGUGACUUCCUGCCCCUCCAGGCGUCCCUCUUUCCUCCCCCUCCAGCCACUGUGACCCAGCACAGCCCCCUGAGGCUUCAGCUGCAGAUCGACAAGGACAAGGCUUUUAGUUCCUACCACAGGGAGGGGGACCACCCCACUGUGGGGCUGCUUCAAGAGUCUGACCCCAUGGAGGUCUGGCUCCUGCAGAGGACAAACCCCAUUCUGGUCUUGGUGCUGCAUAAGCACUGGGCCGCUCCCAGCGCCAACCCCUUCCAGUAUCCUCAGUGGCCCAUCCAGUCGGAUGAGUGUCCUUUCGGUGACAUCAGGACCUGAAUGAUGGCCUUGGAAGGGGCUCUGCCCUGCCACUCUCACUACCAGUGCUUCACUGUUGCCACCUUCGCCCCCCUGGACACUGGCUCCUGGAGGGCUGCCCGUGGCUUUGUUUACUUCCUUUGUGGCACCUCUGCCUGCUGCCCCUCAGGGCUAAAGACUUACUCGACCACAUGUAGCUCUGGGGCUGCAGGUCAGUCCAGGUGAGCCUCAGGUCACCACAAUGACAUUGCCAGGCCCAGCAUGGUGAGCUCUCCCAGGCCACUGGGCUUUGAGGAUUCCUACAGGUGGGAGUCUAUGCUGGGGCCUGCAGGUUCCACCAUGAGCUGCAACCCAAGACCUCGCCUCUGGGGAAUUCUUUUGCUGUUGGCUGUUGCCCUGGUCCGAGAGGUUGGCGUCUUUGUGGACCUGAGCCAGGCCAAGCCCAGAAGCUCCUGGAAGGCAACAGAAGGUGAACAGGCUGAAUAG